AUGGCGUCUUUGUCGAGUUUGUUGCCAGCUCCUGUUCAGCAGGUGUGGGAUAGAGAUGACGAACAGAAAGCCAAACGAGUCGGUAGUGCCCUUGUGGUAUCACAAACAAGUGUUCCACCUUAUGGCCAAAGAAAAGGCUGGGUACCUCGAGCAGAGGAAGACUUCGGGGAUGGAGGAGCUUUUCCUGAGAUUCAUGUAGCUCAGUAUCCCCUGGGUAUGGGAGCCAGGGGUAAGGAAAGCACAUCCAAUGCAUUAGCUGUACAAUUGGAUGAAUCUGGAAAAGUUAAGUAUUCAGCAAUUGCAAGACAAGGACACAGCGCUGACAAGAUUAUUUAUUCUAAACUAACAGAUCUAUUGCCAUCGGAAGUUCUAGCCGAAGAUGACCCUACUCUACAGAAACCAACAGAUGAUGAUAUUCAAGAUAUAACUGAGAGGACCAAAUUGGCUUUAGAGAAACUAACAAAUGCAAAAAUAUCUGCUGCUAUGCCAGUUAAAGCUGCACCAAAAGCUGCACCAGCACAAUACAUUCGGUACACACCUGCACAACAAGGCAGCACUUUCAAUUCUGGAGCAAAGCAACGGGUUAUUAGAAUGGUGGAAGCCCAGUCGGACCCUAUGGAGCCGCCGCGGUUCCAGAUCAACCGUAAGAUCCCGCGCGCGGCGCCGUCGCCGCCCGCGCCCGUGCUGCACUCGCCGCCGCGCCGCGUCUCCGUCAAGCAGCAGCGCGACUGGAAGGUGCCUCCCUGCGUGUCGCACUGGAAGAAUGCUAAAGGUUAUACCAUACCUCUGGAUAAGCGUCUGGCUGCCGACGGUCGAGGACUUCAACAAGUGCACAUAAACGAGAACUUCUCAAAGCUUGCCGAAGCACUGUACAUAGCAGAUAGGAAAGCAAGAGAAGCGGUGGAAGCGAGAGCACAGUUAGAGAGGAGAUUGGCACAGAGAGAGAAAGAAAAGAAGGAAGAGCAUUUGAGAAUGUUAGCCCAAAGAGCAAGAGAUCAUAGAGCUGGUAUUCGCAACCCUGAAGACGAGGCUAAUGAAGAAACAGCCAGUAUUGCACCGGAACCAGAGGGAGAGCUCUCUGCCGCAGAGAGAGAUAAGCUGAGAGCGGAGAGACAUAGAGAGAGGCAGAGAGAUAGGAAUAUUUCUAGAGCUGCGCCUGAUAAACGGUCUAAACUAGUGAAGGACCGUGAACGUGAUAUAUCUGAACAGAUAGCUUUGGGUCUGCCCGCCAAGACCACGCAAGGUGGUGAAGGGAUGUUUGAUCAGCGGCUGUUCAACAACAGCAAGGGAAUGGAUAGCGGGUACGGCGACGACGAGGCGUACAACGUGUAUGACAAGCCGUGGCGCAACCAGGAGUCCAUCGGCUCCCACAUAUACCGCCCCUCCAGGAACGCUGAGAAGGACAACUACGGGGACUUAGAUAGUUUGGCUAAUAAUAAACGUUUCGUUGCGGACAAAGCAUUCGCCGGCACGAGCAGUUCGAACACUCGCUCCGGACCCGUGCCCUUCGAGAAGGACGCGCCUAGAGAGGAGCCUUCACAGUCACGAAGCACCCAGCCCGAGGCAGACUUCGAUCCGUUCGGUCUUGACCGGUUCUUGAGCGAAGCGAAGCGAGCGGACAAAAGUUCCCGGAAACGUGACCACCACGAACCCCACGCUAAGAAGCGGAGAGAA